UGGCUAUGGGAGAGCCCGCAGAUCGCAGCAGCGUGAAGGCGGGGAGCGCGGCGGGCGGCGGGCGGGGACUGUCUCCCCGACCUCAGCAUCCAGAGAAGCGGCUCAACCACCUGAACCCCGAAAAACGCCAACAAGUAGUUUCUCCUUUGAGGAGGGCGGCUCAGCUGGCCGCAGAGACUCCGUCUGACUGCAGGAAGAACCUCGUCCACACGGAGACCCAAGCAGAUCCACUUUACUCCCGGUCUCCUUAAGUCAUGUCUGAGCCACAGAGAUGGGCAAGAUCGAGAGCAACGAGAGGGUGAUCCUCAAUGUCGGGGGUACCAGGCACGAAACCUACCGCAGCACCCUCAAGACCCUGCCUGGAACUCGCCUGGCCCUUCUCGCCUCCUCUGAACCUCAGGGCGACUGCCUGACUGCGGCCGGUGACAAGCUGCAGUCGCUGCCCCCACCGCUGUCUCCGCCGCCGCGACCGCCUCCCUUGUCCCCUGUCCCCAGCGGCUGCUUCGAGGGCGGCGCAGGCAACUGCAGUUCGCACGGUGGCAACGGCGGCAGCGACCACCCUGGGGGAGGCCGCGAAUUCUUCUUCGAUCGCCACCCAGGAGUCUUCGCCUAUGUGCUCAACUACUACCGCACAGGCAAGCUGCACUGCCCCGCCGACGUGUGCGGGCCGCUCUUCGAGGAAGAGCUGGCUUUCUGGGGCAUCGACGAGACCGACGUGGAGCCCUGCUGCUGGAUGACCUACAGGCAACACCGGGACGCGGAGGAGGCCCUGGACAUCUUCGAGACACCCGACCUCAUCGGGGGCGACCCUGGUGAUGAUGAGGACCUAGCGGCCAAGAGACUGGGCAUUGAGGAUGCUGCGGGGCUGGGAGGACCCGAUGGCAAGUCUGGCCGCUGGAGGAAGCUGCAGCCUCGCAUGUGGGCUCUCUUUGAGGACCCCUACUCAUCCAGAGCUGCUAGGUUUAUUGCUUUUGCUUCUUUGUUCUUCAUUUUGGUUUCCAUCACAACCUUUUGCCUGGAGACACACGAAGCUUUCAAUAUUGUUAAAAACAAGACAGAGCCCGUCAUCAACGGCACCAGCCCCGUCCUCCAGUACGAAAUCGAAACGGAUCCCGCCCUGACGUACGUGGAAGGAGUGUGUGUGGUGUGGUUUACUUUUGAAUUUUUAGUCCGUAUUGUUUUCUCACCCAAUAAACUUGAAUUCAUCAAAAAUCUCUUGAACAUCAUUGACUUUGUUGCCAUCCUCCCCUUCUACCUAGAGGUGGGACUCAGCGGGCUGUCCUCCAAAGCGGCCAAAGAUGUGCUCGGCUUUCUCAGGGUGGUUAGGUUUGUGAGGAUCCUGAGAAUCUUCAAGCUCACCCGCCAUUUCGUAGGUCUGAGGGUGCUCGGACAUACACUUCGGGCGAGCACCAAUGAAUUUUUGUUGCUGAUCAUCUUCCUGGCGCUGGGAGUUUUGAUAUUCGCUACGAUGAUCUACUACGCUGAGAGAGUAGGGGCUCAGCCCAACGACCCUUCAGCUAGUGAGCACACGCAGUUCAAAAACAUCCCCAUUGGUUUCUGGUGGGCCGUGGUGACCAUGACUACCUUAGGCUAUGGGGAUAUGUAUCCCCAAACCUGGUCAGGGAUGCUGGUGGGGGCCUUGUGUGCGCUGGCCGGAGUGCUGACAAUAGCCAUGCCUGUGCCCGUCAUUGUCAACAAUUUUGGAAUGUACUACUCCUUAGCCAUGGCGAAGCAGAAACUUCCAAGAAAAAGAAAGAAGCAUAUUCCUCCUGCCCCUCUGGCAAGCUCACCUACAUUUUGCAAGACAGAAUUGAACAUGGCUUGCAACAGUACCCAGAGCGACACAUGUCUGGGCAAAGAAACCCGGCUUCUGGAACAUAACAGAUCAGUGUUAUCAGGUGACGACAGUACAGGAAGUGAGCCGCCAUUAUCACCUCCAGAAAGGCUCCCCAUCAGACGCUCUAGUACCAGAGACAAAAACAGAAGAGGGGAAACGUGUUUCCUAUUGACGACAGGUGAUUACACGUGCACUUCUGAUGGAGGAAUCAGGAAAGAUAACUGCAAAGAGGUUGUCAUUACUGGUUACACGCAAGCCGAGGCCAGAUCUCUUACUUAGUGGCUUGGGGAAGGCACAAAACGUGAAAAAAAGGUAACAGCUCACCAGGCUUGCAUCGUUCAGCCAAGAAUGGCUGCUUGGUACUAGAGCCAUUCCCCCCUUUAAGUCCUAGAAUUUGUCAUUAUUUUUAGAGGUAGAGUGCCAAAUAUUACCCAAAGCUUUUGUCUUUCUUUUUCCUUGCCUCUUUAUUUUUAUUUAUUAUUUUGUGUGAACAUUAAAAGUUACUGGUGUUCACCAGAGGGUUUUUUGACUAGCCUUAAGAUUUGCAUCAAAGGACUAACCAGAAUUUUCAGGCUGUGUUUAAUCAGGUGCUUUGUCCCGUGUGUUGUCUCCAUCUGUCUGUCUUAGCUCCCUAUCUUAACUCUAUAUGCUAUCUGUCUCCAUAGAGGGUAGAAGCACCCUGAUCGUCUCUUUGAACUCCCUACCUCCUGCCAUGUCUUCUUUGCUGCUUGGAGCAGCCUCUCUGCUUUGUAUGCAAAACUAAUGAUGCUGUGUAGACUACCUAGAUUAAUAGGCACUGUGAAUAUUUUUUUUUUUUUUUCAUGAGCAGGACCGAAGCAGCAGUUUCACCACAAUUCUCUGUUCCCUAACGCAGUGCUGGUUUCUACUACCUAGCAAUCAGCAUCCCUAGGGAGUCUUUUUUUUUUUUUUUUUUCAGUCUGGAGGGAAGAUAGUCUGUUUACACAUCCCUAUCAAAUGCCGUAGCAAUAGUGUAUCUGCUAUUUUGAGUAUGCGAGGGAAGGAAAAUGCCAUAAUAUAAUCUCAGCCUAGACUAUAACUUUCAAUGAAUUAUCCUUAAGAGUGUUGAUGAAUUCCUGAUUCUCAUGUUUAUUUUUGAUAGAAAGGCAAUUUUCACUUGUGUUAUUGGAUAGAGACAUGUGUUAGUCUCCAUUCCCAAGCCCUAGAGCAUGAGCUGCAUGUCAAGAGAUCUUGUACAGCAAUGCAUUUACCCAGACGUAAAUACUCGAAAUUUAGAAACACCGCGAUUCUUUUGAUAACACCAUUCAUAGAAUGCUAUGAAUCCUCAGAGAUUUACGGUAAGGAAUUAAUAUGCUGUCUGGUGCUGCUGUUAUUGACUGCAGUGUUGUACAGAAUUUAUCAUGGAUUUUUGACCGCUGAAAAAAGGACAUUGAGAUUUAGCCAUUCCAAGGAUUGUACCGGAAAACUUCUGCUACCGAAUGUAACCCGAUGUGACCGGGUUGUUUCCAGAAGAGGUCCCGCAUCUUGUGAGGCAUUUAAAGCUUAUAAAAAGGGACGGUGGAUGGAACUGAGAUGGUGCUCGCCAUGGGAAUAUUCUGCUUGUCGACAGACCUGAGUCCACGGAAGAACUGUAAAUACCAAUGUGUGCAUGGGUCCGCCCCUCUCACAGUCUCAUAGAGAGCAGCAUUAAUGGCCAGAGUCUGUGGAGCUUCAAGGAUGCCCGCAAGGCUCUGAAUGGCUCCUCUCCGGCUCGCGGUGGUUUUGCAGUGAAUUACAGAGGGCAGUGAAUCCGAUGUAGUAUAGGUCUGUUUUCAUUUCUCUUAUUUGUACAUUAUGUGUUGGAUCUCCAAACACUGAUUGCCUCAUUUCCUUGCAAACCGCUUAUAUAUCAGCGUGUCGACUGUGUUGUAAACUUCUAGUGUCUACAAAGAAAUCUAAUCGUUUCUUGGUCACGUGUUCAUUUAGUUCUGGAACGCCGUUACUAUCUAGAAGAAAGUCAUCAACAGUGUUCAUAGCUUAAGUCUUUUGUCCUUGUUACCUCAAUUAUAAAUAUUAAAAACUAUAAAUUCUGGCAAUGAGAAUAUUUUUUUAUUAAAUUAUCAAGGAAAAUGUCAGUAUAUAGUAGAAUAUUAUCAAAUUAUAUCCUAAAAUGUCUAUUUUGCAUAAAAGAGAUAUUCUUCAACCAAUUACUUUUUUUGUGUGUGUGAGCUUUGUGGCUAACGGAGCGUGCAUUUGUCUUUAUCACUGCUGUAGUUGAAACUGUAUAAGAGUUUUUCAUCUUGCUUAAUCAAUAUUUCCAGAAUCUAAUAGUUCCCCUGGGAUUCUGAAUAUACUAUAUAGCCUAACUAUAACUCCUCUGUAUCGUGUACCUUUUGUGACCAUCUCAAGGUGCAUGCCUAACCUUUGUGAUAAGCCAAUGGACAUGUUACUAACUGAAAUGAAGAAUAAAAGUCAACUGAUCUGGGGAUAGACUUGAAUCCUACCUGAUUA